GGGCUUAUUAUAACAAAUAUAUAUACACAUGUGUGAACUGUUUGGCCGCACGAUAGGUCAUAUGUGGGUAACGGUUAUUUUAGAAAAGCAUACAACCGCGGCUUUACAUUUAAAAUGCCUAUUUUACUUUUCCUGUUAGACACGUCCGCCUCUAUGAAUCAGCGCACUUAUUUGGGUACGACGUAUCUGGACGUUGCUAAAGGCGCGGUUGAGGUCUUUAUGAAGCUGCGUGCCCGAGACCCGGCUAGUAGAGGCGACAGGUACAUGCUAGUUACAUUCGAUGAUCCACCAUACGGAGUGAAGGCUGGCUGGAAGGAGAACCAUGCCACCUUCAUGUGCGAGCUGAAGAACCUGCAGGCGUCGGGGCUGACAACAUUAGGUCACGCUCUUCGCACAGCCUUUGACCUGCUUAACCUCAACCGCCUCGUCUCGGGAAUCGACAACUACGGACAGGGCCGUAACCCAUUCUUCCUCGAGCCAUCUGUGAUCAUCACUAUCACUGAUGGGAACAAGCUUACACACAGCUCUGGGGUGCCAGAUGAGUUGCACCUGCCUCUGAACUCACCUUUGGCCGGCAGUGAGCUGACCAAAGAACCUUUCCGCUGGGACCAGCGUCUGUUUGCGUUGGUACUGAGGCUGCCAGGAGCAGCGACACCAGACAAUGAGCAACUUGGUAGCGUCCCGACAGAUGAGUCUGCCAUCACCCAGAUGUGUGAAGUCACUGGAGGGCGCUCGUACUGUGUGCGAACACAGAGGAUGCUGAACCAGUGUCUGGAGUCUCUGGUCCAAAAGGUUCAAAGUGGCGUUGUCAUUAAUUUUGAGAAGACUGGGCCAGAUCCACCUCUCGUUGGGGAAGAUAACGCUGUAGAGUCGAGUCGUCCUGUGUCAUCGUUCAGCCCACAGCCGUGGCACAGUUGCCACAAACUAAUCUAUGUGCGACCAAACCCAAAGACGGGGGUGCCAGUUGGGCAUUGGCCCAUACCAGAGUCCUUCUGGCCGGACCAGAAUUCUCCAACUCUGCCACCUCGCUCAGCUCAUCCUGUGGUUCGUUUCUCUUGUGUGGACUGUGAGCCCAUGGUGAUUGACAAGCUGCCCUUUGACAAGUAUGAACUGGAGCCCUCUCCGCUCACCCAAUACAUUCUGGAAAGGAAAUCUCCACACAUGUGCUGGCAGGUGUUUGUUAGUAGCAGCGGAAAGCAAAGCGACCUGGGACAGCCGUUCGGCUACCUUAAAGCCAGCACCACUCUCACCUGUGUUAACCUGUUUGUCAUGCCUUACAACUAUCCAGUUCUUCUCCCACUCCUCGAUGAUUUAUUUAAAGUGCACAAACUAAAGCCAAACCUCAAGUGGCGACAGGCCUUUGAGAUGUACCUGAAGACAAUGCCUCCAUACUUCCUCCUGCCCUUGAAGAAGGCAUUGAGGAUGAUGGGUGCACCUAAUCUUAUCGCAGACACCAUGGACUGCGGCCUGAGUUACAGUGUCAUUUCCUACCUGAAGAAGCUCAGCCAGCAGGCAAAAAUAGAAUCGGAUCGUUUAAUUGUGUCAGUGGGGAAAAAGGCUCCUCAAGAAACCGGCAUAAAGGUGAAGAACCACUCCAGCUCUCUCUCUCUGGCCCACCGGCGAGACUUCAAGCAGCUGCUGCAGGGAAUCACCGGGGAGGGACCCCUUCGCCUGGUCGACAUCAACUUCAAAGAGUUUGCCGGUUUCCAGAUCGCUCUGCUCAACAAGGAUGUAAAACCUCAAGCUUACCGGAAUGCUUACGACAUCCCGAGACGAAACCUUCUGGAUCAACUCACCCGAAUGCGCUCCAAUUUGCUGCGGACGUCACUAAAACUGAUCCGAGGGCAAGAUGAAGACUACCUGCACAGUAUUCCAGUGGCUCAGAUGGGAAACUAUCAAGAGUACCUGAAAAUGAUGCCAUCUCCUUUGAGAGAGAUUGACCCUGAUCAACCUAAGCGGCUGCACACAUUUGGGAAUCCUUUCAAGCAGGAUAAGAAGGGGAUGAUGAUCGAUGAGGCAGAUGAGUUUGUUGCAGGCCCUCAAAACAAGAAAAGAGGAAACUCCAACGAUUCUAACUCGGGUGCUACUUUGAAGAGAAGGCGAAGUAUGUCACCGUUGCUGCGGCGGCCGCAGACUCCACCGGGAAACACCAACCAUGUGGUGAUGGGAAAAAGUCUAGCCGGAGUUCAGGGGCAACAGAAUCUCCUCAAACCCAUCCCACAGCACAAAGGAGUGGACGGCACCAACAUGGUGGUCGCUGAGAGUAACGGUGACAGCGUUCUUGGGCUUGACACUGGGGAGAUCUGGCCCGCUGAGAUGGACACUGAAGCAGGGAGUCCGUCUCCACUGAGCUUAGAGGAGAAGGCCGGGACAGGAGUUGUGCUUCGGGAUGAGGACAUCAGCAUGAUGGAGGAGCAGCCGGUGGAAGAUCAUCUAGAAGAGCAGCCGCUGGAGGAGAAACACAACUGUGAACGUCUGAGUCCGCAGAGUCAGCUGGAUGAGACUGAAGCUGACCCUGCAGCACCCGAGACCAUAUUCAUAGCCCCACUAGACGGGAGCCAAGCAGAGCUGCGAACGCGGGUCAUCAAGGAGGUCCGCAAACCAGGAAGAAACUAUGAGGCAAUACUCCAACUAUUACAGCAGGUGAAAGGACCAAUAAAUGUACAAAGAUACUUCAUCCAGCAUGCUAUCAAAGAGGCUAUCAGGUUCAAGAAGCGGGUACUGAUCCAGCAGCUGGAGGCUGCCCUCGCCGAGUUGGAGGGGAAGCAAGCAACGUUGUCACAGCUUCCCAAUGAUCAUGGCAGGUAGUGAUGAAGCCAUGUUCUCUUUGUUACUAGAUAAAGAAAUAAGACUCCUCUGAAGUAUAUUGUGCUCACCGCUGGAUAUCACCACCACAAGAGACACAACCCUCUUGACCAGCCUCAAAAGGACAAUUUGGGAAACCAGAGAAGGAAAAGGACAAAUGCACUGAUGCUCCUUCUGCCCCUGUGCUGUUACAUGACAUCCUGUGAGAGGCAGAGGGGAACGGGUUUAACUGGAGGAGGAGCCUUCAGGACUGAUCCACUGGGGAUGAGUAAACUUUAAAAAAAAUAAUCCUCUUCAUAUUGACAGAUGCCUUAAACUUCCAUAUGGCUUUUGUCUGUAUGGGCACAUUGUUCAGUGGACACACACACACACUCCGUCAGACAGAUAAGCGUCAAAUCCUUAAGUGAGCAAGACCAAGAGAUAGACUGAUUUAAGCCUGCUGUUGUUGUUCUUUGAAAACAGACCUUUCUUCAGCUGGUCUGAAAAGUGUUUGUGCGACUGCAACGAUUUUUACGAGUAAUAAAACUGUUGUGCAUUCUUGUAAAUUGGAAGCUGGCAGGAGGAAUCUGGUUUGGUGGGAAAUCUGCACAAGGAUGCACGAGAUGAUUUUUGACCAAGUUGAUACUGUCAUCUGAAAGUGUUCCUAUUUUAAGUGGUUGAUAUUGACAUGCAUUGGCAUUAGGGAUGGGCAAUAAGGACAAAGUCUAAGAGCGUACAUAAAAUUUUAUGUUGCAGCAAUACAUGUUGGGAUAUGAAAUCAAUUUCCUGGAACUAUAAUUGAGAAACCAUUGGAACAGAAUUGGUAUCUAUGGCUAAUCUAGUCAUUAAAGUACCUCCCAUGUAAAGCCUCAGUAGUAGUAGCAUCUGCAUUGCCACAUUAAAGAGUAAAGGGUAUAGCAAAUUCUCAAAUAUGUCAUAGGACAUAUUACCCUAUUGCCCAGAAAAGGUCAAACAUGCCGAACUUAUUUAUAAUUACAUGGCGUUUAAAUGUCCCAACUGGGUCCAUUUAGUUACAAAUACGACAACUACAUUGAUAAAAAAACAAUGUAUCGUUAUGGACACCAGUGUGUUGAUGAAUCAGUGUUCAGUGACUCAGUACCUUCUCAAACUGGAAACAAACUCAUGAGAUAUCCAACACCAGACAGUGGUGUUUACUGGUUUAUUGAUCGAGGGUCAUUAUCCUCUUAUCUGCCAUACAGCAAUAGAAACAUGGGUUCAGUAAAAUGCAGCUGUUGGUAUCCAUUUAGAGUUUACUCAUCCAGCUCCAUGACACAUUUCACACAUAAAUCAUCCUCCACAGGCACCACAAACACUCCACAGAUCCCCCAGCAUUACAGCUUUACCGCGAGGAAGCUUUGCAUCUGUCCGGGCUUCAGCUGACAGCCACCUUUUUGUUUGAGUGAAACAGCUGGUAACUCUGUACCCUCUGCUGCUUUUUUCAUAAACCCAAGUUAGCGCUCCUCCUUCGUUCCUCCUUGUUUUUACGACAGAUGUACACUACUUUUUAAUGUUCAUAGGGAAUAUAGAUUAUUUUUGUGAAUUUGUUUAUUUCAGAGUUUAAGAAAUAUUUUGAAAGAAAUGUCUAAAGCCAUUUUUGUAAACUGUUAAAUACAUAUACAAAGUGGAAAGUUUUAUGAACCUACUUUUUUUUAACAAAACAAAACAAAAAAAAUAAACCACAGGUAGAACGGUG